AGCCCGCAACUCACACGUCUCCUUCACCGCUAAAGCAACCACACCGAAGAAGUUGCCCAGCUGCGUGUGCUCUCUUCUUUGUUUUUUUUUUUCACUUUGGCUGAAACACAAACGAGGAACACGUCAAUAAAGCACAUACGCCCCCCAAAAGCAGACACCAGCAUGGCCACCUCCACGUUGGAUCAGCGCAUAGCUUUCCGGGUUCAACAGCAGGACCCCGGCGCGCCGCAGCCGCGACAGCUCAUCCUGCGAUUCUACUCCCAAGACAGCUCCGUUGAUCUCGUGGAGCGGCCGAGCGGGCGCCUUUUCUUGAAGCGCACGCGCACCGACGUCCCCGCCACCGCCUUUGCCGUCGGCGCCACCGUCAUGCUCUUUGGGAAACCCACCAUGAUUCUCGCCUACGCCGACGAGGUGACGCGGCAGCUGCGCGAGCAACAGAGCGAACGCACCACUGUCCUCAUCGCCGAGGAGGCCUUUUCGUCCCUCGGUCGCUACCUGUGUAUGUUGACCGAGGAGUGCCGCUUCACAAUUGUGGCGGUGGAGAUGGUGUGGGUGCGGGAGGCGAUGGCGAGCAGCGCGGACCUGCCUGCUCAGCUCGCCAACACGCGUGUCGUCGUCGUCAAUUGCACUCGGGAGCAGGCGGUCGAGAAAGGCUUCGACUUCGUGGAGCGUGCGACCGGGACCUGCACCGCGAAGGAUGCCGAGCAGGCGGCAACGUGGGGGAAGCUGACAGAGUUGGCGAAGGAAAAGCCACUCGCCCUGUUCAACGAACCGAACAGCUCUGUGGUGGUGCUGAAGCCUGCCUUAGUGAGCAGCGGCCUCGCUGGCAAUGCGGUGCAGCAGCUGAUCGAUCUAGGACUGGAACUGACUGCUCUCACCACCACUACCAUUAGCAGUGGUGCCGCCCACGAAUUCUUAGCGCCCUACCGCGGCGUGCUGCCAAACGUGGAGGGCACGGUGAACAGCUUUAUUGGCACGGCGUGGGUGCUGCAGCUGGUGUCGCUGGUGGAGGGCGUGAACGUCGUGGAGACCGUGCGCGCCGCGUGCGGUCCGUACGACACCGUCAUCGCGAAGAAACUAUUCCCCAAAUCGAUCCGUGCACGGUAUGGCGUGAGUGAAACGAACAACGCGGUGCACUGCUGCGACUUGCAAGGUGAAGGGCCCCUCUACGCGAACUUCUUUUUCCAAUAG